AUGGCCUCUCUCGAGCCCUCAAUCAUCAAUGUCCCCGUGUUUCACACAGAUGUUUAUACGCUCCUCGCGUCGACUGUCACAACGCUCGCCACCAAGAUCUCGCCGGCGGCUUCGACUUCAAUAGCAUCGACGCUGGCGGAUUCCCUGGCCGCCCUUCCAACGUCAAUCGGCUUCCCGCCGCUGUCCUCGGCGUUUGAGGCUGCUCUCGUGACAGGCAUUCUGCCGCUACCCUCAGCGUUCGAGGCUCCUCUCGCGACCGGCAUCCCACCUCUACCCCCAGCGUCUGGCUCUCCUCUCGCAGUCGGCAAGACGCACACUCCCCCCAUCGCACUCGUGGCUCUACUAGUCAUCACCCUCUCCGCUCUGAUUGUGUUCUUAGGACUCUGCUUCAUCAUCUUCCUGCGCUGCCGCCGCAGACGUUCGAAAUGGCCGCACACCAAGCACGAGCUGGACAAGCACAACAACGACAGCCCGAAGCACGUCUCGCGGCCGCGUGUCUACGAUCUCAAACAGGGCAGCCCGCCCGACCCGCAGGCGAACGACUACAAGAUGCGCCAGCGCGCCGAGUCGCUGGCGCGCCUUGAGGGCCUCACUCCGGAGUCGACGCAAGAGCAUCGCGCGCCGAAGCGGCUCCGCCACUCGCAGACGCGGCGUGCGGAUAGCGCGGUACCGCGCGAAGCGACCAUCGAUGAAGAGUCGGCGGACUGGGAGAUGCAGCACAAGCAGGCCCAAAUCCACGUCCCGCAGCCCGUGCGAAAGUCGACGCCUGCCCACCUCCGCGCGCCAGCCAGCCGCGACGAGCACGCGCCCCCCUUCGACCCGGCACUCUGCAACCCUGACUUCAGCGGGAUGUACGAAGACUGCGAGCGCGCGCGCAAAAUGGAAGAGAUUGUCGUCUGGCUCAGUGCUGCUGAUGACCCCCACACCCGCGGGUCUGUGGUUGCGCGCGCGGCGGCCAGGGCGAGCGCGAAGACGGUGGGGUUGCACGCGCGUGUUGCCGAGAAGAAGGCAGCGGCUGCGCCGCGAAGGGACGGCGGGUCGCGGUUCAAGGAGCGGUUUAGUCUUGCGACGCAGUCGUAUCAUGGGAGUAUUUGA